GUUAUAGUGUUAGUGCAACUGUUACCAGCAUCAGUGCCUUCUUUGCUUUCAUCGUAGUUAUAUUCAUCCAUUUGUUGUUUUAAAGUGACAGUCACAAUGCAUAGGGACAGCUGCUGUGAUCUCAGCUGCCUCACAGUGAUUCUGGGCUUUCUCGUCUCUUCUAGUCGGGCUCUUGAAAACAUCACUGAAUGUGGACUCAGGUGCUCUCAGGGGCUUCAUUGCAACAGCAAAAUGUAUUAUUAUGACCAGUAUCGCGACUGCCGCAAACAUCGAUCAUCCCUGCCGUCAAAAGUUGUGGAGGAUCUCAAAAUGUUUACAGUGUUGAAAUGUGAAAGGAAGAGGCAAUGUUCCAUACGCUUGAGAGUUAAAGCAACAUUGAUGCUUAAUGAACAUAUCCGUGGUGUUGAAAUCUGCACUCUUUCAAUGCACACCUUUCGUUCCCAAUGUGUUGUCGUGAGAAUCAAGAAAAAUUCAAGUAAGAAACUUGCUGGACAGCUUGUGGAAAUAGAGCACAGCUGUUUUAACGCCGAGAUUGCUGACCUUAUCUCUGUGACGUUCAAAACGAUCCCUUACUACUGCGAUAUCUACCUAAACCAGGAAUACGAGGUCGAAGAUUGUAACAAUGAAGAUAUCGGAAGAAAUAUUCCAAUCUGCAUAGCUGGCAAACUGAACUAUCUUAUUAACAAAACUGAGAAGACAAUAUCUAUUCAAGUGUCUGAUUUUUUAGAGGAUCAGGCCUACACUGUGCGAUUGUGCCACAAGUGGUUCACUUGUGAAGAUGUGGGAACAAUUGCAUUGAUAAAAGCGCAGGAUUCCAUCAAAGAAGUCACCUUGGCAUACUCUCGGAUAGUGCCUUGUUUGUGUAUGGAGGGCUGGUCAGCAAUUCCCGAUUCAAGGAGGAUACAGCUUUGUCCUUUUAAAAACUACACAGCUGAACUCUGGAAUGGAAUUACUUAUGAUCCUAUCGCACAGGAGUUAGCAUGGAAACCCAUCUGCCCAGUGCAAGUUGUUGUCAACUUCUGCUGGAUGACUGGAGAGGAUGACCACUGCAUAGACCUACCAAACUCCAUACACAAAGUACAAAAGGAAGUGAAAUAUUCACGUGUAGAUCCGCACCCAACGUUGUGUGUAAAGUUUACCACAGAUGAGCGAUCUUGGGUGAGAUGUCCUUUUGCCCAUGGAUAUUUACCAGUUUGGAACAUGAGCACUCGAAUACAAGUGGACCAAUUGCAGCUAACUUUCUCGACCCAAGACAAGUCUGAAUUCAAGAUGGCUCUUUGUAAUAGGACUGCACCCUGGAGUUGUGAGCCAGUGAAGGAGACGCAUGUUAGAGCAAAUUGUAGUGGCACCAAUUCAAUAGCUGUCAACCUGCCUCAGGAAGUAUGUGACACAAACAUUUGUAUACAGGGUUGGAGGACAGAUCUAGAAUAUUCUGUUCGGAUUCAGAUCUGUGAUAUAAUAUGCAAGCUGAACUCCACAGAAGUUUCCUUACAAUAUGGCUUGAUAAUUUUAUUUAUUGGAAUUUCAUUAUUUCUCGUGAUCGCAGUUGGAUAUAUAUCAUUCACAGCUCACCAGCCUUACCGAAAAUUGUUUCUGCAGUCAAAACAGUCACCUUAAAGAACUCUCACACCACACCACACCCUGGCCUACCAGCUGUUUUGCUAUUUUCUCCCUUGAAAUGAAGAUUGCCUUUGUUCUCAGACACUUGAGUUUAAAAAGUAUGCAAUGCUGAAUAGUUUGGAUCAUUUUCUCAGUGUGUGAUGCCUCACUAAAGCUAAAAGGUUCAACUAUUUCAAUUUGGUCCAAAGGAAGCUCAGAGAAACCUGACGACUUGAGAAAGAAGCAAUAAAUUAUGGCUGAAUAUUGCAAGUUCUGCUGAUGUGUCCCUUGGUGAAUUAAAUUAUGUGUUAUAUAUUGGACUAGAUAGUGCCUACUUGUAUGUUACGUUCACUCAGUCAGAUGCUGAUGAGCCUCAACAUGGACUGAUCGAUCUUUCAGCUUGGUAUGAGAUUAAGGAUUUAGAAUCAUUAUUGUAAUUCAUAUUAUAGUAGUUUCUUGGCAGCUGCAAACACUUACAAAAAAAUUCUAAGAACCAAGCCAACCCUUGGGGCUCAGGUUAUCUGCGAGUUUAGUGACAAUCUUUUGUCUUUGUUACAGAGAACUUGUUAUUUUCUUUAGAAAUCCAACCACACGUAACACCUCCUGAACAUUGCUCGCUUCCAUCAGUAUCUCUCACACCACACCACACCCUGGCCUGCUGGGAUCCCUUAUUCAAGUCUUCAUCACCUUCAGCCUUAAGUACUCUAACUCCCUGCUCUCCAGAUUCACCAGAUUAUCCCAACACAAACUACCAACCAUCUAGAUCUCUAGCAUCCAUGUCCUCUCCUGCACACCAUCCUCCAUCAAGACCGCUGUCUCCCUAUGCCCCAGUAGAUUGAUUUCAAGAUUUGCCAACUC